AUGCCAUCUAAAAAAUAUAAUGAUAAAUAUUUAACUAGAAGGGACAUUUUCGGUAGAGAUUACUCCUGUAUACUGAGUUCUCUACCAAAUGUUGAACAUUAUAAUGAGAUAAAUCCAUAUAGUAACGAUUUGGAAAAUGGUUACACACCACUUCAUAUAACUUUGAAACAAAAUCAAUUAAAGAAAGCAUUCAAGAUAUACAAGAUCUGGAAGACAGAAAAGUCAUUCCCGUCUAACAAACAAAAUAGUCAUAUAUUAGAUGAAAAGGAUCGUGAAGGCUUAUCACCUAUAGAUUUGUAUAACUUACAAUUUCAAAACAAUAUAAAUCAUUUCCCAAAACUGUUCAAAUAUACGUAUCCCCAUGAACCAAACGAGUCAUUCCUAGAAUGGGAACAAACAAAAGAGAAUUUCUCUUUUGAUCUAAAAUCGAAUAUGAUGGCACUUCCUAAAUCAAUAAAAGAUGAAGAAUAUUUAAAAGAACAAAGGGGUUCUCAUGUUUUGACACUUGGCUCAAAUACAAAUUACCAGUUAGGGACAGGGAAUAAAGAUGAUAGGCAAAAUUUCUUUCAAAUGCAUAUUAAUCAACUUAACGGAAUGGUAUAUCCCCCUAGUAAGAAUAAAUUCAAAGAUAUUAAGAUGACAAAAUAUCAUUGUAUCGUAAGGACCACGGAUGAUAUGGUUUACAGUUGUGGUAAUAGUACAAGAGGUAGAUUGGGGAAUGGCUCUACUGAGAAGCCUUCUUUCCUUUUCUCCAAAAUAUUGGAUUUGGAUGUAUGUGGUAUUCAAAGUCUACAGACAAGUGAUAGUCAUAGUGUCCUCCUAGAUGGGGAUGGAAAUGUGUUUACUUGGGGUUGGAACGCCUUUAACCAAUUAUGUUAUACAACUACAAAUACUCCUUCAAAGAAACAUGAUGAAAAGAAUAUGGAUACCUUGAAUAGUAGUAUCCCACGAAAAGUCCAUUUUUUUGAAGGUAAAAAUGUUUCCAAAAUUGCAUGUUCUCCAAUUCACACUUGUGUAUUGACUACAACUAAUAUGCUGUAUAUAUGGGGGUUGAAUGUUGGACAGAUGGGUAACACAAAAUUAUCUCAUAUUAACCCAGAUGCGGAAUAUAUGGGUGAACUGGGUCACAUAAUGAUGAAACCCAUUGUGGUCAAUUUAUCACAUCUAGAGAUUGAACAGAUCGUUGCUACCGAGUUUGUCACAUUCUGUAGAUGUAAAGGAAAUACACUGGUUGUAUUGGCGGAUCACACUAUGAAGACAUUUAAACUUUCAGUACCUCAUGCAAAAAAUUAUAAAGAAAUCGAUACAUUUAACCAUUUUGCUCACAGAGGUAUUUCAAAUGAUGUCAUUGAUAUCAAAUGUUCAAAUCCCUACGGAAAUCAUCUCUGUGUGAGAUUUAGUUGUGGUAGAGUCGGUAUGAUAUCAUCAAAAAAUGAUUCAGUAAAUAGAUGGGCCAAACUCCCCAAUAAUUUACCAAUAUCUCUGUACUGGAAUCCUAAUAGAACAAUGCAUAAUUGUCUAGAUUUUGAUGUUGGUUCAAAUGGUGGUUUGAUUAUCUGCACAUAUGGUGGAGAAAUCUUUAUGACGAAUUCAAUUACUGAAAGGUUCACAAAGAUGCAUAGCAGUAAGCUAAUUACUGGUAGAGCUGUAUCAGUUUCCUGUGAUUCAUCAUUCGACUCAUUUGCUAUUAUAAAAGAUGAAUUCAACUCAACUGGGCUAUCGCUCGAUGUUAAUGAUGUUAGGUCUAGUUUUAAGCAAUAUUCGCCUUUGAAUAUUGUAAAAGGUAUUCCAUAUGAAUCAAUAAUACACGGUAGUUAUUACAAUGAAGACGAUUCAAUAAUUGAAGAUACAUCCAAGGAAAUUAUUUCAGAACACAUAAUUCACAAUAAGUCAAAACAAUAUGCGUUUGACGUUGAAUUUUUUAGUGAUUCUGAGCCAACCGGGAUAUGGGGUUGCCAUAAGAUUAUUCUAAACAACAGGUGUAAUACUCUUUUGAAAUAUUUAAAAGAAACUGGUACUUUCAAUAUAAAAGACGGGAUUUUGAUCUUUAAAUUACAGAACAAAUUCUCAGAUAAGGUUUGGAGAAUUUCAGUCUCAACCUCAAUCGAUUCAGUAUUCCUUAACGAGGCGUCAUGGUCUAUAAUACACAUGCUAUACACAGACGAGCAUCCAAAAAAUCAACAAAUAGCUAGAUUAGCUACCUAUAUUAUCGAGGACUCUAUACAUAAGUUGGACAUUGCCUCAACGAUACAUAAUUUGUGGGAUGUAUGUUUAGAUUCCUCUACAUCCAUUGAAUCCAAAAAUAGUAUUCUAUCAAAACCGGAUGUUCUAAUUAGAUUAAAAGAUGGUGACAUAAUUAGAGCUCAUUCAAUUGUAAUUUCAAGUAGAUCGAUAUUCUUUAACAUUGCACUUAAUAAUAAUUUCAAACAUGAGAUAUUAAGUGGGCAUAUGAGUGUGGAGCUACCACAUAUUUCCAAAUUUCUGUUUGAACCCAUAUUAAAAUACCUUUACGGUUUCCCAUUUGAAAGUAUUUUUGAUGUCGAUACCUUAAAUGAAUCAUUUUCUGAGACGCUAAACUUUUUUUUCGAGCUGCUAACAUUUACGGAGGAACUCAGUUUAAUUCCUCUCAAAAUAUAUAUUGAGUCAGUUUUGUCACAGUAUAUCAAUGGCAGCACCGUUAUCCCAACAUUACUUCAUGCUGUAAACAGUAAUGCAUCGAUUUUAAAAGCAAAUUGUUAUAUUUUCCUCUCUCUACAUAUUGGAAUUUUGUUUUGCAAAGAAAAUCUAGAACUAAUUGAUGAUUACUUUGAUGAUCAUAUUUGGAAUAGUCUUGAGAAUCAAUUAAUACAAUUUAAAGUUGAUAGUAUUAUUUCUACAAGUCAUAAAACAUGGUAUAAUAUGAAAGAAAUUAAUUGGGUAGAGAUGUUCAAAUGUAACAUAGCCAAAUUUAACGCAGUAUUUAUACAUGGAUCUCAGCAAUUUGAACCAUUAUUUGACCAGAGACCAGAAUCUACUAACGGUAGGAGACGGUCAUCUACUAGGAGAUCAUCCUCUUCCCGUAAAAAUAGUAUCCGCCGAUCAUCUGUCUAUAAGGAAUCUAGACAAUCAAGUAAUGGAUCAUUUAGUGAUGCUUCUCAGUUUCCUAUUGUUUUGAAGAAUCCUUGGGGGUCGACAACUACACUUGGCUCACAGAAUUCAAAUGCUAUUGAGGACGACCCAUCAGAUUUUGUUGAGGUGGUCAGAAAAUCGAAAAGGAAGUCCGUUGUUGAUAAGAACAGAAAAAAUUCCGAACCUUUAUCUACAGGGUUAUCUUUGCCGCCAACAGAAAUUGUGAUAAAUCCUGAUGUAUCAGGUCCAAGUAAUAGUCUACCCUCAUUGUUAAGCAAUAAAAUGAUAGAUAAUAAAAUAGAAAAGGAAGAUGCAAGUAUUAAGAUUACUGGGACUUUUAAGAAGAAUACUCAAAAACAAAGAAGGAAGGAAUUCAGCCAUCACACAUUGGAUUAUAAAGAACCAGAUAAUAAACCUGUAUGGAAGAAGUCGGUAACUGUUAACAAUAAUUCAUCUAAAAGAAAUGAGAGCAAUGGUAGUGAGAAAUUGCCAUCAUUGUUUAAUGCGGCGGUAAGCGAAAUUAAGUCAGCCCCAAAGAGAAGUAAGAGAAAGAAUACACACAAAGAGCAUGAGAAAACGUUGUAUGCUGAAUUUGUAAGUACCGGUAACGGAGGUGGCAUCAAACCAUACAUGGUAUCUACAAAACAACAAGCAAAUGAAAUUAGUUCUGUUUUUGGUGACAAAUCUGGAGAAGUGGUAAGCUCACUCGAAGAACAGAUAGCAGCUCUUGAAUUUGAAAAAUGGUUUGCUCAAGAGAGUGCUAAAGUUCAAAAGACAUUGAAAAGAAAAGAUUCAGCAGGUUCAGAUAUUAAAAUACUUUAUAGAGAUACAGAGAAUAUGCCGACAUUAAAUGGCAACCCAAAUGGAACUUCCUCGAAAAGAAAAAUUAGAGGAAAUUUUAGAAAGAGGGAUGGAAAAUCUCUCGCAGAAAUUCUAUAA